AUGUCUGCCGAGGUCAUCACCACCAUCUCUCCAACUACCAAUGAGGGCAUCAUUACCCGCAACGGUGUGAGCUCGACCGAGCUUGAGCAAUUGCCAGAGACGUCGACUGAGGCCUUCCGCACAUGGAGCAAGACCUCCCUGGUCGACCGUCAGAUUAUCGUCAAGAAGGCACUGAAGGUGCUGGGCGACCGGCAAGAUGAGCUUGCCAAUGAGAUUACCCACCAGAUGGGACGUCCCAUCCGCUACACGGGCGUCGAGGUUGCUACUGCCGUGAAGCGUGGCGAAUACCUCGUCAAGAUUAGCGAAGAGACCCUCAAGGACACUCCUGGUGAGGCAGAGAAGGGCUUCAAGAGGUUCAUCCGUAAGGUCCCUGUUGGCCCGGUGCUCAUCAUCUUUCCCUGGAACUACCCAUACCUGACUCUUGUCAACUCGCUCGUGCCGGCUUUGCUCGCAGGAAACACAGUUAUCCUUAAGCCCUCACCGCAAACGCCUACUAUUGCCGAGCAAGUCACCAAGGCUUUCACCGAGGCUGGUCUACCGGCUGGUGUGCUACAGUACUUCCACUGCGGAUCGCCAGUUAUCAUGGAAUCCAUCAUCCGCAACCCUCAGAUUGCCUUGAUUUGCUUCACAGGAUCGGUCCCCGGUGGCCUGGGUGUGCAAAAGGCGGCUUCGGAUCGCAUUGUCAACGUCGGUCUGGAACUCGGUGGCAAGGACCCUGCUUAUGUCAGAGGCGAUGUCGACAUUGCCUGGGCAGCUGAGGAGAUUGUGGACGGAGCAAUCUUCAACUCCGGCCAGAGCUGUUGCGCCAUUGAGCGUGUUUAUGUGGACGAGACCAUUCAUGAUGAUUUCGUCAAGGCUGUUCAAAAGGUUCUUGAGGGCUACAAGGUCGGUGACCCCAUGGACAAGGAAACCCAGAUUGGACCUGUUGUCUCGAAGCGAUCCAAGGAGGCCAUUGAGGCCCAGAUCAAGGAUGCCGUGGCCAAGGGUGCCAAGGACGAGACACCCGACAAUGCAACAUUCAAGAACAUGCCUGAGAAGGGCAACUUUGUGAAGCCUACCUUGCUCACAGACGUCAACCACACCAUGGACGUCAUGACGGAAGAGACUUUUGGUCCAGUUAUUGCCGUCCAGAAGGUGAAGACAGACUCCGAAGCCAUUGCCCUGAUGAACUCGAGCGAAUUUGGUCUUACUGCCAGCAUAUGGACAAAGGACACCAACAAGGCCUACGAACUUGUCCAGGAUGUUGAGGCAGGAACAGUCUUUGUCAACCGUGCCGACUUUCCCAGCCCCGACUUGGCCUGGACGGGAUGGAAGAACUCUGGCAAGGGCCAGACUUUGAGCAAAUUUGGUUUUGACCAAUUCUCCAAGCUGAAGAGCUUCCACCUCAAGGACUACCCGAAAUAA